AUGGAUCUUGGGGCGUCACAAGUUCCACUAGGUGGGCAAAUCUUCGGCACGCAAUGCGCGUCUCUGGUGCAGCCCAUAGUGGCAGGCGCAGAGAUCCUGCGCCUCCACGCAGCGGAGGUGCACAACUUCAGCUUUGCUGCAAUUCCGUUCUUCAACCCGGUAGAGACCACUAGUCUUGAUUUUUGCAAUGUUUCACUGACCCUGACACACCCUGGUGCAAACGAUACCGUCUUUGUGAGUGUCUGGCUUCCUCUGACGGACUGGAACGGCAGAUAUCAAGCGACGGGCGGCGGCGGGCUUGCAGCCGGUAUGGGACCGCCUAUGCUGGCCAACGCGCUGGGGUUGGGCUAUGCGACCUCCUCUACGGACGGCGGUCUGACACUCAACAAUACGGUUGACCCACAGAGUGGAAAAUGGGCUUUGAAAGAGGACGGAACCAGCAAUGACGACCUGCAAUUGAAUCUCGCCUGGCGAUCAAUCCACGACAUGGUUGUGGUAUCUAAGGACCUUAUCGAACAAUUCUACGGUGUGAAGCCUUCAUACUCUUACUGGCACGGGUGCUCUCAAGGAGGGAGGCAGGGGUACGCAGCGGCGGCCAAAUAUCCUCACGACUUUGAUGGGAUUCUUGCCAUAGCGCCUGCCCUUGACCUUGCCGAACUUGUUACUGCGGACUUCUGGCCGGCCGUGGCAAUGCAGAAUGAAGUCGUCCCUCCCUUUUGUAUCUUCGAGGAAUACCACAAAGCGAUCAACGCGAAGUGCGACCCCUUGGACGGUGUCAUCGAUGGGUUGAUCUCCGAUCACGACCUCAUGGAGAGCUGCCCGUUCGACCCCCACGCUCUCGUCGGACAGGUGGUAGCUUGCGAAGGCGUGGAGGAUGUAACAAUCACGAGGGAACACGCGAAUGUAGUCAAGCAGAUCCUUCAAGGUCCGCGAACCACAGAAGGCAAAUCAUUGUGGUACGGUUUGGCACCGGGCGCGGCGUUCUUUGCUUUGGCAAAGACCGCGGCCGGCCCAGAUGGAACCUUCGCCCCCGUCCCUUUCGCUCCCUCGGUGAGUUGGAUCAAACAUUUUGUCUUUCAGGAUCCCGCCUAUGACACCAGUCAAAUGACAUAUUCCGACUAUGACACAGCCUUCGAGAUAUCAGUUUCCAAGCUCAGUGUGCUCUGGGGUAACCAGCACCUCGACCUGACGGAUUUCAAACACUCCGGCGGCAAACUGUUGACAUGGUUCGGGCUGGCGGAUGAGUACAUCGCUCCAAGCAACAUGCUACGAUACCGGGAGGGUCUCGAGAAGCGAUUCGGAGGCGCAGAAGUGGUCGACGAGUUCCACCGUCUCUUCUUUGCUCCUGGGGCCGGACACUGUGCCGGCGGCCAUGGACCACUCCCUGUAGAUGCAUUGAAUGCUCUGAGGGACUGGGUCGAGAACGGCACCGCACCUGAUGUGCUGCCGGCGUUGACCACUACCUCUGAAGACGUAAAAGUGUCUCGAAACCUGUGUCGAUACCCCAAGAAGCUGGUCUACCGAGAGGGAGAAGUCAACUUGGCAAGCAGCUUUGUUUGUGAAUAG